AUGCCCAAGUCACAGAUUGAGACAUAUUCUAUACAAGGGCAUCCAUUAUAUUCGUCUUCUUCGAAUAUUUCCCAUAUUGAAAUUCCAUCAAAUAAUGAUAUUAAAAUAAUAAUUACUGAACCAUCACCAUCUGAGCCGGACGUACCAGAACGUAUACAUGUCAGAGAAACUAAUCCUACUAAUAAUGGUGCAUUAACACGAAUGAAAACAUCUAACACGAUACCUACAAUUAAAAUUAUUGGAAUUCCACCAUCGCAUAAUAACAAUAUUAGUCGUGAUAUUCAAACAGACUCGACUAAUUCAUCAGUCACUAAUUGGACAGUUACUGAAAAAAGUUUUUCAUCUAGUGAUAGUAUCUUUCGAAAUGAAGCAACAGAUUCGAUUGUCCCUGAAAAAGAUCGUAUACGUGUUAUUGUUCGUAUUCGACCGCUGAACGAGCGCGAACUAGAAAAUCAGAAAGAGCCACAAACAGUGUUGCGCUGUGAAAGUGAAACUUCUAUUAUCGUCGAAGGAGGUCAACAUAGCCGUCGAUUUACUUUUGACAGUGUAUUUGAUGAAAGAUCAACACAAGAAGAAGUAUUUCGUUAUAGUGGCAUUAAACGUUUGGUUGACUUAGCUAUUGAAGGAUAUGUUGCAACUUGUUUUGCAUAUGGUCAAACAGGUAGUGGAAAAACACAUACGAUGGUUGGUCCAGGAGGUGCUGCUAUUUUUCGCAUGGAUGAAAAUUAUCGUGCAAAAAAUUUUGGUAUAGCACCACGUGCGAUAAAUUAUUUAUUUCAAAGAUUACGAGAAAAAACACAAGAAACAAAUACUCCAUAUUUUAUUCGUGUAGCUUAUUGUGAAAUAUAUAAUGAACAAAUUCGUGAUUUAAUUCGUCCUGAAAAUCCAGAUAAUUUACAAGUACGUGGUUCAAUUGAAGAUGGAUUUUAUGUUGAAAAUCUUUAUCAAACAUAUAUUGAAACAAUAGAUGAAUUAUUAACUAUACUUGAAGAAGGUGAAUUAAAUCGAGCUAUGGCUUCACAUCAUCUUAAUGAUAUGUCAAGUCGUAGUCAUGCUAUGCUAUCAAUACAAAUUGAACAAGAUUUACAAGAGUAUGAUGACCCACAAGAACAAAUGACACGACAAGGAAAAUUAACUUUUGUCGAUUUAGCUGGUAGUGAAAAAGUAAAAGUAAGUCAUUCAAAAGGUAAACAACUUGUCGAAACAAAUAAUAUCAAUAAAAGUUUACUUACACUUGGAACAUGUAUUUCGGCCUUAAGUGAUCCUAACAAGUUAAAUGGUCAUGUACCCUAUCGUGAAUCAAAGUUAACUCGACUUUUAGCAGAUAGUUUAGGUGGACAUGGUAUAACAUUAAUGAUAGCUUGUGUUUCACCAUCAAUCUUAUGUGAAAAUGAAAGUUUGAGUACAUUACGUUAUGCAAAUCGUGCAAAAAAUAUUGAAAAUGUUCCACUAAUAAAAACAGAUUCAAAAGAAAAUGUUAUUAGUCGUUUAAAACUUGAAGUUCGUAAAUUAAAAGAUGAAAAUUAUGAAUUGAAACAAAAAUUAGGAGGUCAACCAAAUAAUAAUCUACCUAGAAUAAAGAAUCGAAACCAUGAUUUAGGUUCACAAACAUCCAUACGUUCAUCAGGAAGUAGUGAUGCAAUCGAACGACAAGAUACUCAUGGUCGAUUGAAUGGUAUGACAACACAAAAAAUUCGAAGUCAUCAUGAAAUUUUAACACGUGAAAAUGAAAAACUUGCACGACAAUUACAUCAACGUGAUCGACAACAGUAUGGUCAAUCGAAUGGUAAACGUGUUAUUGUUGUUGACGAUGAUCAUCCAGUUCAACGAUUAAGUCCACCAACAAAUCGUCGUAUUAUUAGAACUUAUGGAAAUGAACCUGAUGAUGAAAUAUUGGAACUUGUACGUCGUCCAUCAUAUACAACAAGAUAUCGAACUGUUCGUAGUAGAUAUCCAGAUGAAGGUUCGCCUCAACGACGUACAAGAACUAUUGUACGACGAGCACCAGAAACAAUUAUAUCUGAGGGUAAUCAUAUUAUAUGA